AUCUGGCUGUGCUGGGGGGAGUAGGGAGCUGCGGAUAUGGGUCAGGCUUGAUGGGGGUCAGGGACUCAGGGAGGGGCCUUCCUGUGCUGGGAGCGGGGCAGGGAGCUGAAAUGACCAUUAUUGCUAGUUCUCAUGAGUUUAUCACAAGACCCUGGAUAUGUGAUGAUGAUGCUGGAGCUUCAGCUCAGUCCCUGCAUUGGUUAAAAUGAACGAAGUAGAGCCCCAGGAGUCUGAACCAUUCCAGCAGGAACAAGGGAGAGAUGCAGGUUUGAAAACUAGAGCACUUACCUCAGCUGGGAUAAGGCUGUUUUCACAAGACACAAUGGCUGCAAAGCACCGUGGUCGGAAGUCCCUGGGGCUGCAGAUCCAGGGUCCACUACAACAAGUGGUGCUAACGCAUGUCAAAGUGGAAACAGAAAAUCCGGCAGGCCCCAAACCAGGGAAGGAAUCGGAGAGAGAAGGGAAAGAGGCUGCUGUGAUGCCACCCAUCUUAGCAUGUCCCCCAUUGUAUCGGACAGGACGACAAAAAUCCAGCUCUGAGCAAUGGGAGAAGAUCCCCCAGCAUUGGGAAAAUCAAAAUCAGGACAUGUUGCAAGCCCCCUGGACCUCUCCUGAGGCUGUAUCGGCAUCAGCCCGGGCCUGGGGAAACCCAGAACUGCCUGAGCUCACACCAGAGGAUGACAUUGAGGUCUAUCUGGCUUCCUUCGAGCGAGUGGCUGAAGCCUGCCACUUGCCCAGAAGAGAGUGGGUGACCCGACUCCUGCCAUCCCUCACUGGAAAAGCCCAACAGGCCAUUAGCAGCCUGGAUGCCCGAGAGGCCCGAGACUACGGGAAGGUGAAGGCAGCCAUCCUGCGAGGCUGCAACAUCAGCACGGAGAUGCAGCGCCUUCACUUCAGGCAGUUCCGCUACCAGGAGGCCAAAGGGCCUCGAGAGGUCUGCAGCCGCCUGCGGGAACUCUCCCAUCGAUGGCUGAAGCCGGAGAUCCGCACGAAGGAGCAGAUCAUGGAGCUGCUGAUCCUGGAGCAGUUCCUGACCAUCCUGCCUGAGGAAAUCCAGAGCUGGGUCUGGGUACGUCACCCGGAAACCUGCGCCCAGGCUGUGUCCCUGGCAGAGGAUUUCCAGCUGGGACGGCGAGAGGCUGGAGUGUGGGAGCAGCAGGUCACAGUGCACGUAAAGGUUGAGGAAAUGGAGGCCCCUGAAGCACUAUGGGAAUCUCAGAACUCCCAGCUGGAGCAACUACAGCCCAGUCACAAGUGUGUCUCCCCAGAGGAGGUUGUACAAAACAAGUCCAAGUUGCCCUGUGCCAAGGAGAAUCAAGCACUACAGGAAACUGGUGCCGGGAUCCUGAGCAGAACUGAGGACCAGCCUCAUGACGAAAGGCCUGAAAACCUGCUGCUCCCUAGCGUACCACAGAGAGGAUCGGAGGAGAGUAUUACCCACAAAUGUGAGCAGGGAGGAGCCUGCAAGAGGCAGAAGAGGAGCCCAGCACGUGAGACAGAUCCCCCAGGGGAACGUGAGAGCAGAUUCAGGAGACUAACCCAGCUCCUUGCACUGGGGAGACCUCGGACCAUAGGAGACUAUCACCGUCAAAGCAAUUUUCUCAGGACAGAGAAACCCCACAGAUGUAGAGACUGUGGGGAAAGAUUCUGCGACAAGCAGAAGCUUACAGAGCAUGGCAAAGUCCACAGGAGUGAGAGGCCCCAUCCUUGUGCUGAAUGUGGGAAGAGCUUCAACCGCCUAGCUCAUCUCAAGACACACCAGAGGACCCACACAGGAGAGAAACCCUAUUUCUGUACAGAGUGUGGGAAACGCUUUGGCCAUCUCUCCACACUGACCACUCACCAGAGAUUGCACACAGGGGAGAGACCGUACUCCUGUGCUGAGUGCGGGAAAACCUUCACUCACCCCUCAGACUUGAAUAAGCACCAGCGCUCCCACACAGGUGAGCGGCCCUACCCCUGUGCCGAGUGCGGGAAGCGCUUCAGCCAGCUCUCCAACCUGACUAAACACCAAAGAAGCCACACCGAGGAGCGGCCUUACCCAUGCACUGAGUGUGGGAAGAGCUUCAAGUACCUUGCUGAUCUCACUGUGCACGAGCGCUCCCACACGGGCGAGCGGCCCUUCCCCUGCCCUGAGUGCGGGAAAAGCUUCAGUAACAAAUCCUCUCUGGCUCGUCACCAGAGAAUCCACGCCAGAGCCGCAGCCAGAAACAAGUGAGACCUUGUUUAGACUAUAGACUAACCAAGAGCUCCCCUCCCGUUAGCCUGCAUAUGUGAUUGGAACAGAAGAACAUGAGCCACUACUACACAGCCUGAGGGAAAUCAGCCCUUCACCCUCCUGUAUGCCACCAUCACCCCCUCACAUCCUACAGGAGAAUGAGGAAGGCUGAAGUGGAGUCCCAGUGCCUGAAACCUCCAGAAGAUAUUCUGUUCUUACCUGCUUUUACUAAUAGCACCUGGCUCUUGUAUAUCUCUCUCCAUAUGUUGAAAUGCUGCAGAAAGGAGAUAAGGUGAUAGGAGAGCCCUGGUUUCCUUUCUGCUACUCUGGGGCAGGUGUGUAUUUGUAGUACCCGUAAGCAAAGCAGGCCAGCCAGAAGAGGAGAGAGGACUUUUGUUUUCUAAGGCCCCCAACAUCUAUCAACUCCACAGGAGAAACGGCCCUGCUUUCCAACAGCACUCUGCUAGCAGCACCUCUCACUGCCUGGCCCCUGCAAUGCCUGAUUUGUAACUCAGUAGGAGGCACCAGGGACUGCACCUUUGUGACAGGCAAUCUAGCCCCUCUGUCCCCACCACUGACCAGCUGUGUCGCUGCUGUCUUCCCUGCUCUGCCUCACUGGCCCUAGCUGCAUCCCAGUCCUUUUGUUCCUCCCCAGCUGCCACCCAGUAAAUAUGUCCAACGUCUGCCAUGGUGCAUUAUUAAAUCCCCUUCACCAGGCUGACUCUUCCUGCUCCCUUGUCUCAACUAACACCACUGAUGAUGCAUUUACUGCUUACUACUUAAUUAAUUGGGCACCUUCCUUGAAUAACCAGCUAUUUAUUCAUCUCCCACCUUUGUCUUCUGCUCCUGCCCUGAUCACUACUCUAUCACUUGUUUCAGAAGCUGUCUUGUUGCUCAGCUGCCUUUGAUCACAACUACCAAUUUAGUUGUACUUAUGGGAGGUUUUGAUCACACUACGUACACCCUGAUCCUGCAAAGGAGCUCCAUGUGAACAGGCUCUUUUGGAGCUCAGAACUGGAAUGGAGCCUCAGUAUUUAACUCACUGACAUACCUCAUUUGCUGCUGUUCUGAUUUAUUUGUAUGAUUUCCUGUUCACCUGAUUAUGAAUUUAACAGCACACCCUGUGAGUUCAGUCAUUAGUGCUGUGUACUUAACUCCUUCCCUAGUCACUUGUCUAACCUACAGAACUGUCCCUUAAUUGGUAAUCAUAGACUUUAAAGUUAGAAGGGACCAUUAUGAUCACCCCUGAUCGAAUUGGCCCGGUCAGAGUGGUUCUCCACUUGUGAGGUAACUCCCUUCCCUUCAUGUGUCAUCAUAUUCCUAGAAUCAAAGGUUUGGAAGGGACCUCAGGAGGUCAUCUAGUCCAACCCCCUGCUCAAAGCAGGACCAAUUCCCAGCUAAAUCA